GACGCGACAUUCUCGGGGGCCGAGCGCGCCGCGUCCACCCACAGCUUGCCCAAGGCUCAACAUCUCCAGGUGCGACUCUCAUAGAAACGAGCCCUGGUGCUCUUCUUGCCCACCAUCUCCUCCUUCGGUCGUGCCAGCCUCUGAGCCUUUGGACGGCUAUCCCACGUGCGGCUCCCAGAGGCCAAAGAUCAAGGUCAUGUCGGACAUCACCAUUGACGCCGAAGUCUUCGGACGGAGGGCCGCAGCCCUCCAGUCGGCUUGGAAGAACGCGCACAAGAAAGAGAAUUACGAAGCCAUUCGAGAUGUCGACGUGGUUCUCGCCGCGAUGGGAGCACAGAACGAGGACUUGCCCUACAGCAAGACGACUACGCUACAUAUCUGGCUGCUCGGGUAUGAGUUCCCAUCGACGCUCAUUAUGCUCACGAAAGACAAGAUAACAUUCGUCACCUCUGGCCAAAAAGCCAAGCUGCUCGAACCGCUCAAAGACAACAAGUCCGGAGUCAAGGUCGAUAUUAUGAAGCGGACAAAAGACGAUGCAGCCAACAAAGAGACCUGGAAAGACUUGAUAGGCCGGAUCGAAAAGAGCACUUCCGGAACGAAGAUCGGCAUCUUCCCAAAAGACAAGCCAAUUAGCAAAUUUGGUGAAGAGUGGGACGCAGUUUGGGCGGGAGCCAUCAAGGAACACUCUUUCGAGUCGGUCGACGUUGGCCCUGCAUUUGGCUCUGUGUGGGCGGUAAAGGACCAGGAAGAGCUCAAAUUGAUCAAGACCGCCGCGCGAAUGUCGACUGGCGUCCUCAAAGAAUACUUUGUCGAGGAGAUGUCGACGAUCCUCGAUGAGGGCAAAAAAGUGACACAUGAGAAGCUGGCAGCACGGAUCGAGUCCAAGCUGGAGGAUGCUGCGUUUUGGAAGAAGAUCAAAGGAUUGCAGGAUGCCGACCUCGGCUUGGCAGAUUGGUGUUACACACCUAUCAUCCAGUCAGGUGGCCACUAUGAUCUUCGGACCUCGGCGCAAAGCAACAACAAGCGGCUCGAGGGCGCAGACGGCGGAGGAGUCGUCAUCGCGUCCAUGGGCAUCAAAUACAAGUCGUACUGCACCAACGUCGGCCGCACAUACCUAAUCGAUCCGCACAAAAAGCAGUCCGCAGCCUACGCCCUUCUGCUCGAGGUGCAACAAGAAGUCGCUGAGAAAAUCCUACGAACAGGUACUACAGGCAGGGACGUCUACAACGGAGCGCUCGACUUUGUCCGCAAGCGCGAUGCCAAGUUGGCCGACUCGUUCGUCAAGUCGAUCGGCUUUGCCAUCGGCAUCGAGUUCCGCGACUCGUCUUACCUGCUCGGGCCAAAAAACACACGCUCGAUCGAAGCGGACAUGACCUACAACCUCACUAUUGGCUUUCAGGACAUUCCCGAUCCGAACCACUCUGGCCAGACAUACUCGCUGCUGCUCGUCGACACUGUGCGCGUCAACGAAGGGCCAGCGACGUUCAUGACGGAGCGCGUCAAGUCCACUUCGGACUUGAGCUUCUUCAAGGAGGAGGACGAGGAUGCAGAUGAGGCGAAGGAGUCCAAGAAGGGAAAGAAGGGUAAGGCGCGCGGUGAUGACGACGACGAGUUUGAGGAGGAGGGCCACAUUACGCGCGGAGGCAAAGUUCUACGCAGCAGAGGAGGCGACUCGAAAAUCGAGAAUGUCGACAACCGCAUCCGCGACCACCAGCGCGAGCUGGCCCAGCAGAAACAGGAGGAAGGGCUGGCGCGCUUUGCGGAGGACGGGGCGGGGGAAGAGAAGCAGAACGGAAAGGUGUGGAAGAAAUUCGAGAGCUACAAGCGCGAAGAUCGGCUGCCGUCCAAGACGCAGGAUCUGAAGAUCCUGCUAGACCGGAGCGCUCGCUCUGUCAUCCUUCCCAUCUACGGAUACGCUGUCCCUUUCCACAUCAAUACGAUCAAGAACGUCAGUAAGAGCGAGGAAGGCGAGUGGACGACGCUGCGAUUUAACUUUAUCACCCCGGGCCAGAUUCUCGGCAAGAAGGAGGACCAGCCGUUUCAGGAUCCCGAUGCAACGUUCGUGCGCAGCAUGAUCUUCCGGUCACAGGACACGUUCCACUUCGGCGAGCUGUACCGGGACAUCACCGAGUUCAAGAAGAUGUCGACGAAGGAGGAGGCGCAGAAGAAGGAGCUGGCCGAUGUUGUCGAGCAGGACAAGCUGCAGCUGAACAAGAGCCGUCCGAUCAUUUUGCGCGAGGUGUUCCCGCGCCCAGCGCUCGAAGGCAAGCGCGUGCCUGGCGACCUCGAGAUCCACCAAAACGGUAUCAGGUUCAGCUCCCCGCUCAAGGAGCAGCGCAUCGAUAUUCUCUUCAGCAACAUCAAGCACCUCUUCUUCCAACCGUGUGACAAGGAGCUGGUCGUCAUCAUCCACAUGCACCUGAAAUACCCCAUCAUGGUCGGGAAGAAAAAGGCGCGCGAUGUACAGUUCUACCGUGAGGCUUCGGACGUGCAGUUCGACGAGACGGGCAACCGCAAGCGCAAAUACCGUACCGGAGACGAGGACGAGAUCGAGCUCGAACAGGAAGAGCGACGACGGCGGCAUCAACUCAACAAGGAAUUCAAGGCGUUUGCGCAGAAGAUCGCAGAAGCGUCUGACGGGCGGUUCGAAGUCGAUACGCCAUACCGAGAGCUGGGCUUUAACGGCGUGCCCUUCCGCAACAACGUCUUCCUCAUGCCGACGACCGACUGCCUCGUCCAUCUGACUGAGCCGCCUUUCUUUGUCGUCACUCUCUCCGAUGUGGAGAUUGCGCACCUUGAGCGAGUACAGUACGGACUCAAAAACUUUGAUCUCGUCUUUGUUAUGCGAGACUUUUCCAAAGCGCCGGUGCACAUCAACUCGAUCCCCUCGCAAGCACUUGACAGCGUCAAAGAAUGGCUCGACUCGGUCGACCUUCCUGUCACCGAGGGUGCGGUGAACCUCAACUGGACGGCGAUCAUGAAGACGGUGCAGGAGGACCCGUACGCAUUCUUUGAGGAGGGAGGAUGGGGCUUCUUGCAGGCGCACGGCGACGACUCGGACUCGGCCAGCGAGUCGUCGCAAGGGUCCGACUUUGCAGACGUCAUGGAUGACGUGAGCGAAGUCGACUCGGAAUCCGACAGCGACGGCAGCGACUUUGGCGCGUCCGAGGAGGACGACGGCAGCGGCAGCGGCAGCGCGGCCUCGUUCGAUGAGUCCGAAGGCGAGGACUGGGACGAGCUGGAACGAAAGGCGGCGAAGGCGGAUGACAAGCGUCGCCACGAAAAAGGUUACGACUCGGACGACGAUGGAAAGAAGCGCAAAGGCAAGAAGAAGUGAUCUUCGUUCCUGUAUCAUAGGUGCUGUGCUGCAAGUGCCAUGCCACUCUACACACAUUAACCCCGAAAAUGC